AUGUCACUGCUCUUCCUCAGAAGAGCCAAGCCGUUAUUUGUAUCUUCUUCUCCUUCUCAUGCCACCUUCUUAUCUCCGACGCUUACGAAUCUACUAACUCGUUCGUUUCACGGUACCGGAAUAAUGUCCGAAUCAGAGAAGAAGAUCCUUACAGAGGAAGAGCUUGAGCGGAAGAAGAAGAAGGAUGAGAAGGCUAGAGAAAAGGAGGUGAAGAAGCUAAAAGCUUUGGAGAAAGCGAAGCUCGCUGAACUGAAGAAACAAGCCAAAGAUGGAACCAUUGCCUCUAAAAAGAGCACAAAGAAGAGUUCCAAACGGGAAGCAUCAGAAGAGAAUCCCGAGGAUUUUGUGGACCCUGAAACUCCUUUUGGUGAGAGGAAAAGGCUCUCGUCACAGAUGGCCAAACAAUACAGUCCUGCUGCUGUAGAGAAAUCAUGGUAUGCUUGGUGGGAAAAAUCUGACCUUUUUAAGGCGGAUGCUAAGAGUUCUAAGCCACCCUUUGUUAUUGUUCUUCCUCCUCCAAAUGUGACUGGAGCCUUGCAUAUUGGCCAUGCGCUAACAUCUGCAAUUGAGGAUACAAUCAUUCGUUGGAAGCGAAUGUCUGGGUAUAAUGCUCUGUGGGUGCCCGGGGUUGACCAUGCUGGUAUAGCUACACAGGUUGUGGUAGAGAAACAGCUCAUGCGUGAAAGAGGAAUGACUAGGCAUGACGUUGGCCGUGAAGAAUUCGUAAAUGAAGUGUGGAAAUGGAAGAACCAGAAGGGUGGCACAAUUCUAACACAACUACGGCGCCUAGGAGCUUCUCUUGAUUGGUCUCGUGAGUGCUUUACAAUGGACGAGCAAAGAUCAAAAGCUGUCACUGAGGCCUUUGUACGGUUAUACAAGGAAGGGCUUAUCUAUAGGGAUAUUCGGCUUGUUAACUGGGAUUGUGUUUUGAGAACAGCCAUAUCUGAUGUUGAGGUUGAGCAUAUCGAUAUCAAAGAGCGAACGCUACUAAACGUUCCUGGCUAUGAGAAGCCAGUAGAAUUUGGUCUUCUUACUUCAUUUGCUUACCCUCUGGAGGGAGGCUUGGGCGAGGUUGUUGUUGCCACUACAAGGGUGGAAACAAUGCUUGGGGAUACUGCCAUUGCUAUUCAUCCUGAUGAUGCAAGAUACAAGCAUCUUCAUGGGAAAUUUGCUGUGCACCCAUUUAAUGGACGGAAAUUACCAAUUAUCUGUGAUGGAAUACUUGUUGAUCCAAAGUUUGGUACUGGUUGUGUUAAGAUUACUCCUGCCCAUGACCCCAAUGACUGUGAGGUCGGAAAGCGUCACAAUCUUGAAUUUAUAAACAUAUUCACCGAUGAUGGAAAAAUCAACACAAAUGGCGGGUCUGAAUUCACAGGGAUGCCACGCUUUGCAGCACGUGAGGCAGUUGUCGAAGCUCUGAAGAAGCAGGAUCUGUACAGAGGUGCCAAAAACAAUGAAAUGAGGCUUGGACUUUGCCAAAGAACCAAUGAUGUUAUUGAGCCUAUGAUUAAGCCUCAAUGGUAUGUCAAUUGCAGCAAGAUUGGAAAGGAGGCUCUCGAUGUUGCUAUCACUGAUGAAAACAAGAAGCUCGAGUUUAUACCAAAGCAGUACACAGCAGAAUAUAGAAGAUGGCUAGAAAACAUACGUGACUGGUGUAUUUCAAGACAGCUUUGGUGGGGACACAGGAUUCCAGCAUGGUAUGCCACUCUAGAGGAAGAUCAGCUCAAGGAGAUCGGUGCGUACAAUGACCAUUGGGUUGUUGCUAGAACCGAGGAAGAAGCUCGAAAAGAGGCUGCUCAAAAAUAUUCUGGGAAGAAGUUUGAACUCACACGAGAUCAUGAUGUACUUGAUACGUGGUUUUCUUCUGGGCUCUUUCCAUUAUCUGUUCUGGGAUGGCCCGAUGAAACUGAAGACUUCAAAGCCUUCUAUCCGACAUCUGUCCUAGAAACUGGACAUGAUAUUCUCUUUUUCUGGGUUGCUCGUAUGGUUAUGAUGGGAAUGAAACUCGGUGGUGAUGUUCCUUUUAGCAAGGUUUACUUGCAUCCUAUGAUACGUGAUGCACAUGGGCGUAAGAUGUCAAAAUCUCUUGGAAAUGUUAUUGAUCCACUUGAAGUAAUAAACGGGGUAACUCUUGAGGGUCUUCAUAAGAGAUUGGAAGAGGGUAACUUGGAUCCAAGAGAGCUGGUUGUUGCCAAAGAAGGACAAAUGAAGGACUUUCCAAAAGGUAUUCCUGAAUGUGGUGCUGACGCUCUUCGGUUUGCACUCGUCUCUUACACUGCUCAGUCUGAUAAAAUAAACUUGGACAUCCUCCGAGUGGUUGGAUACCGUCAAUGGUGUAAUAAGCUGUGGAAUGCCGUCAGAUUUGCGAUGAUGAGGCUUGGCGAUGAUUAUAACCCUCCGCAGUCUCUGAGCCCUGAAACCAUGCCAUUCAGCUGCCAAUGGAUUCUCUCUGUACUGAAUAAGGCAAUAUCAAAGACAGUGGAGUCACUGAAUGCAUUUGAGUUCUCGGAUGCAGCCAACACAGUAUAUGCAUGGUGGCAAUAUCAAUUCUGUGAUGUGUACAUUGAAGCAAUCAAGCCUUAUUUUGCUGGUGACAACCCGGCGUUUGCUUCAGAGAGGGCUCAUGCACAACAUGCUCUCUGGGUUUCUCUAGAGACUGGUUUGAGACUGCUUCACCCGCUUAUGCCUUUUGUUACUGAAGAGCUAUGGCAACGGCUUCCCUCACCAAAAGACUGUGAAAGAAAGGCCUCGAUCAUGAUAUGUGACUACCCAUCUGCCAUAGAGAAUUGGACAAAUGAAAAAGUGGAGUCCGAAAUGGACACUGUAAUAGCUAGCGUGAGAUGCCUGAGGGCACUCCGGGCAGAGUUGCUGGAGAAACAGAAAAAUGAAAGGUUACCUGCUUUUGCUCUGUGUGAAAACAAUUUAACAUCCGAAAUUGUAAAAUCUCACGAAUUGGAGAUCAGAACCCUUGCAAAUCUAUCGUCCUUGGAGGUUCUGUUAAAGGGAGAACACGCAGCCCCACCUGGAUCAGUUGAGACUGUGAACGAGAACCUCAAGGUGUACCUCAAAGUAGACAGAGCCAUUAGCACCGAAGCUGAACAAGAAAAGAUCAGAAACAAGAUUGACGAACUACAAAAACAAAAGGAGAAGUUGCAGAAGAUGAUGAGCAUGUCUGGGUACGAAGAGAAGGUCCCCGCAAACAUAAAAGAAGACAACGCGACAAAGCUUGCUAAGAUUCUCCAAGAAUUCGAUUUCUUUGAGAAAGAAAAAGCUCGUCUCGUUGCAGAGACAGGAGGAAACGCAGGUAAUCAGCAGUGA